GUUGCAAAACGUUUUUCUAACGGAAGCAAACGGGAGACCUAACUCAAUUUGUCCAAUGGAAACUCGUUUUCGUUAUACGUUUGGAGUGAAGGAUUUAUGUUGCAAAUCAACCGACGUAAUGAAUACACCCUGAUGUAGUAGGAGGCUCGAAAAACAACGUGUAAAUCACCACGUCAACUUAUCUGAAGAAGUGUGGUCGGUUACUUAACGAGGGGAAAGAAAACAACAUAUACUUUGUUUAUCAUCCCGGACAGGAAUUUACUGGUAUUUCGGUCUUGGUGAAUUGUAUCAGCGCGCCUGGGUGAAUUGUUCCCUAUAAAUCUCAAAGUAGUGACUUUCCAGUGCGGAAACCUACUUUGGAGUCCCUGCCCGAAGGGACAUGUAGUAGCGCAGGGCUUCGACUGUUCAAAACUUCGGAAUUCGUAGAUUUGUGAAUAUGCGGCUCAAACUGUGAACCAGAUGUUGAAAAGAUGACCAUUUAUCUUUGGAUCAUACUCUUGGCACAAAAUAGUAGAGCAAUCCAUGGACUCCUGUUCACCAAGAACCCCACCAACCUCACAGUAACCCAGGGCAACACGGCUCGCCUGGGUUGUUGCGUCGAGGGCCUGAGUGAGCCGGAGAUCGUGUGGAUGAAGGAUGGGGAGAAGCUGUACAGCAUAGACCAGAUGUACAUCCCCAUCGAGCAACACCACUGGGAGACCUUCCACAGUGUGAAGUCUGUCCAGCAACAGGAUGCAGGGAAGUACUGGUGUGAGGUAGAGUUCCAUGGCUUGAUCAUCUCCUCUGAGCCCGCCUGGAUAACAGUCGAGGGUGUCCCCAACUUUAUACUUGAGCCCCAAGAUGUAGCCACGUUCCCUAGGGUGCCCUUUAACCUGACGUGUGCUGCUGUGGGCCCCCCGGACCCUGUGGAGGUGCUCUGGUGGCUGGGGGGAGUACAGAAGGGUGAUGCCACCUCCUCGCCAUCUGUACUCCGUGUUAACGGUGUGAAUAACAGCAUCAAGUUCUACUGCGAAGCCAAGAAUGUCAGAGGUAUCUCAGUAUCGCGAACAGGCACUGUGCACAUUAAAGUCCUCCCAGCAGCCCCUAAAGGUGUGCAGGUGGUCCACAUGGUGGAGAACAAUGUCACGCUGGCCUGGAGCCCAGGCUUCACCGGACACUCUGACCUGUCGGCCUGCACCAUCCAGAUGUCUAAGAACUCUGGGAGGAAGGUGGAACUUCUGGACCAGCGUGUAAAGGUUCCACCAUUCCAACAGAUCCUCAGUGGGCUGAGCUGCUACUCCAACUACAGUGUUAGAGUGUGCUGUGACAAUGAGGUUGGGACCUCCCUAUUCUCUGGCUGGCUGGACUUUCAGACACCAGAAGCAGUGCCCUCUGCUGCCCCCCGGAACCUGACAUUUGACCUAACGGAGCAGCAGCUGUCCAUGAACUGGGCAACAUUGGAGGACGAUGAGCUGCAGGGGAAACUGAUGGCCUACAAAGUCCAGUGGAACCUGGGAGGAGAAGGACAGGAGGCUCUGUUCUUUAAAGAGAAUGUGGCCCACCUGUCCGGUGGCGAUCGUUUCUUCAACGCCACCUUCCACGUGUCAGCGUGUACAGUGGCUGGUUGUGGGCCCUGGAGCCAGCCUGUACUGGUCAUGCCUGACUCAGCAUUGGCAGCCCAGAUGCAGAGAGGCCAUAUGUGGGUGGGUCUUCUGUUGGGCCUGCUGGUGGCCACCAUGGUGGGGCUUCUCUUGACAGUCCUAGUGCACCGCAGAGGGAAGGAGACACAGUUUGGGUCUGUCUUCAAUCCCCCAGGGAAUGAGCGCUUGGUGUCCUUCACUGCAGCCAGGUCAUUCAACAGGACCUGCCCCGAGCUCCCAGAAUCCAGCUUGGACAGUUUGGGUAUCAGUAACGAUCUAAAGGCCAAACUGCAAGACGUCCUGAUCCCAGAAAGACUACUGACCCUCGGACACAUGUUAGGAAAAGGUGAGUUUGGCUCAGUGCGUGAGGCCUUCCUAAAGAUGGAGGACAGUACUGUACAGAAAGUUGCAGUGAAGGUGCUCAAAACGGAUAUCAACUCGUCAUGUGAUAUUGAACAGUGCCUGAAGGAGGCUUCUCAUAUGAAGGACUUCGAUCAUCCUAAUGUCAUCCAGCUCAUUGGAGUGAGUUUGCACAGUCGGCCUCAGCAACGGUUGCCCAUCCCCAUGGUUAUCCUGCCAUUCAUGAAGCACGGUGACCUUCACACAUUUCUGCUCUUGUCCCGCCUUGGAGACGAGCCCUUUACCGUGUCACUGCAGAUGCUCAUACAGUUCAUGUUGGACAUCGCUCGUGGAAUGGCGUACCUGAGCAACAAAAGCAUCAUACACAGAGAUCUGGCUGCGCGCAACUGCAUGCUUAGUGAAAACUUGACGGUCUGCGUGGCAGACUUUGGGCUGUCAAAGAAAAUCUACAGUGGCGACUACUACAGACAAGGAUCUGUUUCAAAGCUGCCUGUCAAGUGGAUAGCACUGGAGAGCCUUGCUGACAAUGUCUACACUACUCAGAGUGAUGUGUGGGCGUUUGGAGUCACCAUGUGGGAGAUCAUGGCACGGGGACAGACCCCUUAUCCCGGGGUGGAGAAUUCCGAAAUCUACGAGUACCUCAUCAAGGGAGAGAGGCUCAAACAGCCACCUGACUGCCGAGACGACAUUUAUGAGAUCAUGCAUAGCUGCUGGAGCCCUGUUCCCAAGUGCCGCCCCAGUUUCCUGCACCUGAUUGACCAGCUGGAGGGGCUGUGGGCCAGCCUAUCCCCUGGGCCUAGCUGCAUUAAGGAGGCCCUUCUCUAUGUUAACCUGGAGAAUGACAAAGGGGAGCAGGGGGCAGGGGCACUGGGUCCAAGGAAGGACCCCUUCUGGUCAGGAAUGCCCUGGCAGUGUGUGGGGAUGGAGGAGGAUGAGAAAGACUGGCUCGUGGUGUCUUCUGGGGCAGCUCUGGCUGUCGGUGGAGACUACCGCUACAUCAUCGGUCCUACCUGUCAUGGCACUGAAGAGGACGGUGGGAGGCAGGGGGACUCGAUGGAUACCUUGCAGCCAGACGUUAGGGAUGAGGAAUAUGAAGAUGCGUUCAUUAAUGUGUGAUUUUACAUUUCGACCACCAUGCUGCCUCCCCUGCCCUCCUUAGCUGACCUUGUGUACAGAUUUCACAGACUGGCAAGUUGGUUGUGGAGGGUUGGUCACUCACUACUGUCCUCCAGUGAAGUUUCUGAAAACGAAUGGAUGCUCACCAGCAUGACCUAACGGAGCAGAAUUGGAUUGAAGUUCAUAUCUCAAUGAACUUUUCUACCCAUUUUAUUUCCAGUUAUUCUGUCCUUUGUGUACAUUAUACUAUGACUUCACACCAAUACACACACACAAUCAGCCUUACUAUUACAUUGACAAAAAGCGCAGUAUAUUUUAGAUCUUGACUGAUACACAGUUAACUUUUCAAUGGAAAACUCACUGACCGAGGCAUUAUUUAGUCUGUAGAUAUGUACCUUUUGAUGUUUUAGGGAAUGAAUUUAUUAACAAAUGCUGCCUUCUAUAGGUAUUGAACAUUGGCAUUUGCUGCUUUGCGAACUUACUCCCUUUCAUACCCUAAACUCAAUAUAAUAAGCAGCUCCAGUCCAAAAGCCUCUAUUACACUUGUUCUUAUUUAAACUUAACAUUUUAAUGGACCACAACUGAAAUAAUCCUUUAAAGCAGUGGUCACCAAUCUGAGUUGAGAUGACUUUUGAGUCCAAAAGCAAGACAAGCUCUACCGCUCAGAUUUAUUUUGUUUUACGUAACCUUACAUAACAUUAACCAGCUUAAAAACAGUAGUAUAGCAUUGAGGUCUGUGCAGUAGGCUAUAGGCAUAUUGUAUUUGCUUCAAUUGCCCUGCCAAUGUUCACCAUUUUUUUCUGAAUUACAGUUCAUGUAAGGAAAUCAGUCAAUGGGAAAAAUGAAUUAUGCCCUAAUCUCUGAUUUCACAUGACUGGGCAGGCUUGCAGCCAUGGAUGGGCCUGGGAGGGCAUAGGCCCACCCAUUGGGGAGCCAGGCCCAGUCAAUCAGAAUUAGUUUUUCCCCACAAAAGGGUUUUAUUAGACAGAAAUAUCCUCAGUUUCAUCUGCUGUCCAUGUAGCUGGUCUCAGAUGAAGAAGCUGGAAGUGGAGGUCCGGGCUGGUGUGGUUACACGUGAUCUGCGGUUGUGAGGCCUGGCAACACUCCUGCAAUCAGAAUGCCACUUUCACACUCCGUCAAAACUGUGGCAUUGUGUGACAACUGCAGCACAAGGUGCACUUGUGUAAUGAUCAUGCUGUUUAAUCAGUUUCUUGAUAUGCCACACCUGUAAAUUGGAUGGAUUAUCUUGGCUUAAAGAGAAAUGCUCAAUAACCAGGAUGUAAACAAAUGUGUGCACAAAAUUUGAGAGAAGCUUUGUGCAUAUGUGACUUUUUUCAGCUUCUGAAACAUGGGACAAACACUUUACAUGUAGAGUUAUUCAUUUUUGUUCAGUUUAUAUUUCAAAAUGUGAGGUAGGCUAUAUGAUCACACCAGCAAUUGAUCAGUUGUAUUACUUGUAAGGCACAGCUGAGUGAGCAUAUAUUUUAAAUAAUAAAAAAUAAAUCUGGGCUGAUGGUGCCUGCAUCUGAUGGUCAGGCCCAGCGGAGGGAGAGCAGCAGACUGAGGGUCUGUCUCUCAACAUCUCCCUUCUCUCCCUUUCCUCCACUGACACAGUCUGCCAGCUGAUGGCCAAACUCGAGUCGCACCGCAUAAUUUCAUGUUACUCCUAUGAACUAUUUUAAUAGCAUAUAAGUGUUGAAUAAAAAGGUGUUUAUUAAGAACUUAAACUCACUCAAAAACAGCAGCUCUUUGCUGUAGUCGUUGACAGUCUCUCUCGUCAUGGUUUGAAAUCUUACAGUAUCAACAUUGCUGUAGGUUUUUUUUUAUACAGUGGGGAGAACAAGUAUUUGAUACACUACCGAUUUUCCUACUUACAAAGCAUGUAGAGGUCUAAUUUUUAUCAUACGUACACUUCAACUGUGAGAGACGGAAUCUAAAACCAGAAUCCAGAAAAUCACUAUGUGAUUUAAGUAAUUUGCAUUUUAUUGCAUGAAAUAAGUAUUUGAUACAUCAGAAAAGCAGAACUUAAUAUUUGGUACAGAAACCUUUUGUUUGCAAAUACAGAGAUCAUUCGUUUCCUGUAGUUCUUGACCAGGUUUGCCCACUCCUCCAUACAGACCUUCUCCAGAUCCUUCCGGUUUUGGGGCUGUCACUGGGCAAUACGGACUUUCAGCUCCCUCCAAAGAUUUUUUAAAUUGGGUUCAGGUCUGGAGACUGGCUAGGCCACUCCAGGACCUUGAGAUGCUUCUUGCCACUCCUUAGUUGCCCUGGCUGUGUGGUUCGGGUCGUUGUCAUGCUGGAAGACUCAGCCAUGACCCAUCUUCAAUGCUCUUACUGAGGGAAGGAGGUUGUUGGCCAAGAUCUCGCGAUACAUGGCCCCACCCAUCCUCCCCUAAAUACGGUGUAGUUGUCCUGUCCCCUUUGCAGAAAAGCAUCCCCAAAGAAUGUUUCCACCUCCAUGCUUCACGGUUGGGAUGGUGUUCUUGGGGUUGUACUCAUCCUUCUAUUCCUCCAAACACCACGAGUGGAGUUUAGACCAAAAAGCUAUAUUUUUGUCUCAUUAGACCACAUGACCUUCUCCCAUUCCUCCUGUGGAUCAUCCAGAUGGUGAUUGGCAAACUUCAGACGGGCCUGGACAUGCGCUGGCUGUAGCAGGGGGACUUUGCGUGCGCUGCAGGAUUUUAAUCCAUGACGGUGUAGUGUUACACUAAUGGUUUUCUUUGAGACUGUGGUCCCAGCUCUCUUCAGGUCAUUGACCAGGUCCUGCCGUGUAGUUCUGGGCUGAUCCCUCACCUUCCUCAUGAUCAUUGAUGCCCCACGAGGUGAGAUCUUGCAUGGAGACCCAGACCGAGGGUGAUUGACCGUCAUCUUGAACUUCUUCCAUUUUCUAAUAAUUCCGCCAACAGUUGUUGCCUUCGCACCAAGCUGCUUGCCUAUUGUCCUGUAGCCCAUCCCAGCCUUGUGCAGGUCUACCAUUUUAUCCCUACACCUUCUCUGGUCUUGGCCAUUGUGGAGAGGUUGGAGUCUGUUUGAUUGAGUUUGUGGAUAGGUGCAGUUAAUACAGGUAAUGAGUGGAGAACAGACGGGCUUCUUAAAUUAAAACUAACAGGUCUGUGAGAGCUGGAAUUCUUACUGGUUGGUAGAUGAUCAAAUACUUAUGUCAUGCAAUAAAAUGCAAAUUAAUUACUUAAUCAUACAAUGUGAUUUUCUGGAUGUUUGUUUUAGAUUCCGUCUCUCAAAGUUGAAGUGUACCUAUGAUAAAAAUUAGACCUCUACAUGCUUUGUAAGUAGGAAAACCUGCAAAAUCGGCAUUGUAUCAAAUACUUGUUCUCUCCACUGUAUAUAUCUAUUUUUUUACACUCACUACUUUAUUGCAGACACUUAUCUGAGCCAUCCGAUUGGCCAGCGGUAGACCUAUAUAGCACUUGAUUUGCUCUCCGGGCCCGCUGGGAAAGCAGAGUUAGUACCUUCAGACACAUGAAAUGAUUCAAAAUGGGAACACUUCACCUUCCAGCACGCAGGGCAGCUGAAUGGGGUGCACCUACCGUCUCACUACUAAAAUAUUGAAUAGGAACGCAAGGCUUUAUCGCUGGGUUUUUUACAGAAAUGUUUGACGAUCGAAGAGGAAUGCCUUGGAGAUCGGACAGUCCAUGGCAAUGACCGGUUUGUGACCACUGCCUUAAAGGGAUACUCCGAGAUUUUUGCAAUGGCCUUUAAUCUAAACUCAGCAAAAAAAGAAAGGUUCCUGAAAAAAGAACUGUCUUUCAAAGAUAAUUUGAAAAAAUCCAAAUAACUUCACAGAUCUUCAUUGUAAAGGGUUUAAACACUGUUUUCCAUGCUUGUUCAAUGAACCAUAAACAAUUAAUGAACAUGCACCUGUGGAACGGUCGUUACGACACUUAACAGCUUACAGACGGUAGACAAUUAAAGUCACAGUAAUGAAAACUUUAUUAAGGACACUAAAGAGGCCUUUCUAUUGACUCUGAAAAACACCAAAAGAAAGCUGCCCAGAGACCCUGCUCAUUUGCGUGAACGUGUCAUAGGCAUGCUGCAAGGAGGCAUGAGGACUGCAGAUGUGGCCAGGGCAAUAAAUUGCAAUGUCUGUACUGUGAGACGCCUAAGACGGCACUACAGGGAGACAGGACGGACAGCUGAUCGUCCUCGCAGUGGCAGUCCACGUGUAACAACACCUGCACAGGAACGGUACAUCCGAACAUCACACCUGCGGGACAGGUACAGAAUGGCUGGCAACAACUGCCCGAGUUACACCAGGAACACACAAUCCCUCCAUCAGUGCUCAGACUGUCCGCAAUAGGCUGAGCAGGGCUGGACUGAGGGCUUAUAGGCCUGUUGUAAGGCAGGUCCUCACCAGACAUCAAUGUCGCCUAUGGGAACACCGUUGCUGGACCAGACAGGACUGGCAAAAAGUGCUCUUCACUGACGAGUCGUGGUUUGGUCUCACCAGGGGUGAUGGUGGAUUUGUGUUUAUUGUUGAAGGAAUGAGUGUUACACAUAGGCCUGUACUUUGGAGCGGGAACGAUUUGGAGGUGGAGGGUCCAUCAUGGUCUGGCAAAUCUGGUACAGUCCACGAGGAGGAGAUGCAAUGCAGUACUUAAUGCAGCUGGUGGCCAAACCAGAUACUGACUGUUACUUUUGAUUUUGACACCCCUUUUGUUCAGGGACACAUUCAAUUUCUGUUAGUCACAUGUCUGUGGAACUUGUUCAGUUUAUGUCUGUUGUUGAAUCUUAUUUUCAUACAAAUAUUUACACAAAAUAAACGCAGUUGACAGUGAGAAGACGUUUACUUUUUUUGCUGAGUUUACUUCCCCAGAGUCCGAUGAAAUCAUGGAUACCAUUUUUAUGUCGGUGCAUGCUGUUUGAAGGAAGUUUCUAACUAGUGUUAGCGCAAUGACUUGAAGUCAUAGGAGAUACCCAUAGACUUCCAGUCAUUGCGCUAAUGCUAGUUAGCAUUGGCUCACAAAACUGCCUCCAACUUCCUUCAUACUGGACACGGAGACAUAAAAAUGGUAUCAACAACCUUCCUCUGACUCUGGAAAGUAGAUAAAGACAUUGGGAUUUUGGCAAAGUAUCCCUUUACAAUUUUUGUGAAUUAGUUAUUUUGAAGAGUACCAUUGAGUAUUUAUGAAACAGGAUAAUAUGCAGAACGUUGUGUAUGUAUUCAAGAACUAAUUUUACCAGUUUGAAUAUGGAUUUUAUGAUCUGUUAAGACAUUAGCCUGAUAAAAUGAGAGUCUGUUGUUCACUGAUGCUCACAGAUACACCUUUUGAUUUUGCUUAUAAGCUAUGGGAUAUCAAGGGACAUGUUUUAGUAUAUUUUUUAAAUUGUUAUAAAAUCAUUUCCAUAGAUACAACCCAAAUCAUUAAAAACAGAGACUUGAUGCUUUGUGA